GAAUGGACAAACCAAUGAGCAACGAGCACCGUGGUUUUCAGCCAAUCACAAGCUUGCCAGUAACUGGCAUCUGCCGCUGAGUGAGGGUCUCCGAGUCCGCAGCUGCUGAUGGCUCGCUGAUUUCUUCGUCCUCUUCGAAGAAUAAGGCUUCCAAAUUCAAGAUGCAGUUCAUGCUUCUUUUCAGCAGGCAGGGAAAACUGCGUCUGCAAAAGUGGUACGUGCCCCUUUCAGACAAGGAGAAGAAAAAGAUCACAAGGGAACUGGUGCAAACCAUCUUGGCCAGGAAGGCCAAAAUGUGCAGCUUCUUGGAGUGGAGAGACCUCAAAAUCGUCUACAAAAGAUACGCCAGCUUGUACUUCUGCUGUGCUAUCGAGGAACAAGACAACGAACUGAUCACGCUGGAGAUCAUCCACAGAUACGUGGAGCUGCUGGACAAAUACUUCGGCAGCGUGUGCGAGUUGGACAUCAUCUUCAACUUUGAGAAAGCCUACUUCAUCCUGGACGAGUUCCUGCUAGGCGGCGAAGCCCAGGAGACGUCCAAGAAGAACGUUCUCAAGGCCAUCGAGCAGGCCGACCUGCUGCAGGAGAACAUAGACUCUCAGACGCGCUUGUUUGCAGGUAUGACUGUCCCCAAUGUCACAUCAGAGACUUCUGGAUUGUUCCAGAACUUGACACGUUGAGCCCCGUCACGAGUACUUUAGCGUUCCUCUGUACUGACCCGUUGGUCUGCUGCUGCUGCCCGCGCCACGCAUGAUGCAUGCCGCCCGCCACCUUUCCCGCUGCACCCUGUCCUUGCGCUUGGCACUUGUUUGUGGGUGUAGCGCCCUCCGCUGUCCACCACUGGCAUGACAUGCGACAAUUUUGACAUUUUAGUGGUACCUUGACUAGCGAGUUAAAAUCAUGGCAGAUCCGUACUGUCAUUUUUUGUUUUUUUGCUGGGGGGGGGGAGUAUUUGAUUUGAGUGACUAUCACGCCCUAGUUACUGAAGUUUUUAAAUGUAUGUAUUCACAAGCAAUCACGACACUUUACUACCGUUUCUUUGCAUGUGGGCUGCUACAAACGAUUAUUUUGAUAGUUUUUCUUUAUAAAUGAACCAGAGAAAGUUUUACAAUUCAUCGGCUCAAAAAGAUGAUUUGAUUCAUCUAUCAAAAUGGUUGUCAAUUCAUUUGAUAAUCAACGAGUUGUCAAUUAGUUUAUCAUGGCAGCUGUAAUUGUAUUACCAAUAAAUUACGACACUAGAAGUGUUUCUGCUGCAGACGAAUAAUUUGAUAGUCGAAAUUUCACUGUUUUUAUCAUUGGUCGACUAGUUGGCUCAUCUGUAAAACAUUAGUAAAAAAUAUGAAUAAUAUUUACCUUUAAAGUGCAUGUGACACGAGAAAGCAUGUUUAUUUCAUAAUACACGCGGUAUUUUAUGCUCCUGAAUGAUAUGGACCGCUUGGAUGUGUGUGGAAGCGAUCGCUAUAUUUAUUUAGUUUUUUUAAUCCCGCGCCAUGAAAAUGAGUGACUUCCGGCUUCAGUCUUGCAUUGAGGAGGAGGGCGCUGUGACGUGUACGGUUGAAGGCGUCCUCUUCACUCUACAGCCGUACUGUUGUGUUGGAGGACUAAGGAUUCAGCUGAUUUUGCGGAUUAAUACGUUUAUUUUUCGCAUCACGCCAGCCAAACGGCUACAGAAAAAUCUUGCUUUAUAAGGGAGAGGCGUAUGCGCCUUUUUGGAGUUUCAAAAGGUUCCCAUUCACCGUGGAUAUUGGCCAAAACAAGCCCUACAACUGUGUGACCAUUGGACUUACGAGGAAGUGAGUAAACAUCGUGUUUUGUAUUAUGUCAAAUACGAAUACAGCGAUUACAAAGUGAACACUACAAACUUUUAGAUAAAGGACUACUUACGUUUGAUCAUUGAUGGCAUGUAAAAAGCUCUCCUCAUGCACAUUAGCCCACUGGGCGGUUUGCAGGUCCGCAAAGACAAUCGACAACCCAGUCGUCAUGUCAAAUAAUCCGGGCUAGUUAUGUGUGAUUUUCCGCUUCGAAGACUUUUUUUUCCUCCUAUCGUAUGCUCUUUAACUGACUCUGGAUUUAACAUUUUGGCUGAAAAUGUUUGAUAUCUGAAUACUUUGUAACUCUCGUUGUAAUCUUAUUUUGAUGAAUUACAAAUACAGUGGUACCUCGACAUAUGAUCGCUUCGACACGUGGUCUUUUUGACAUCCGACGUAAAAUUUGACGAGCCAUUUGUUUCUACAUACGACGACAUGCACGAAAUACGACAAUUUGUGACAGUGCCGCAGUUUGUUUUUCGACAAGACGGACGCACGGCUGAUUUUCUUGCGAGUUAAAUCAACACGGGUUCCAAGAAGGUUAGUGAAAAAAAUAAAAUGGUGACGCUUGCCAUUGAAAUAAAGAUGUAAUUGAUAGGAAAAUAUGAGCGUGGUGUGUGCUUCAGUGAACUGGCUCAACAACUUAGCCAUAAAAUGUCUACGAUCUCGACGGUCCUCCUCAGACCUCCGUUCGCCUGCCUUUAUAAGGUGACAAUUAUUAUCGUGGAAACAUCGCCAAAGAAAUCGCCAGUUUCGUCAGGUUUUGAAUUUAUUUCGGGACAUGUGCAACACAACACUGCUACUGUCUGCCACAAUUGACGCCAACAACUAAACAUAAAAAGAGAAAGUAAAAUCUCUACCGCACCGUUCUCUGUCACGUCAGCCACGCGGUGCGUUCAGGUACAGCACGCAAAACACGCCCGCCACAUUAGAACACGAUUCGUCAUAUUUUUACAGGAAUUAUCAUUUUUAAUAUCAUCAUUCCAUUUGUAUUCAUAACUUGUUUGGUUAUGUGUAAAUAUGGAGAUAGAUAGUGCCAAAAGUUGUAAAAUGAAACAUUUCCCUGUAAAAUGACAACAACAAAAAAUCAACUUUGCAAAUUUCGCGUUGCAAAAUAAACUUGAAAAAAAACACAAUGUAAUAAAUUGUUCUACAAGUUUUUUUUGUUUGCAAGUGAUUUUUUUUUUGUUCUACAGGUGUUUUUUUUCUUUGCUACAGGUUAAAAAUGAUCUGUUACAAGUGCACAAGUUUUGUCACAUUCUUGUUGAGUUUUUGGAGCCAAAAAGUUACUUGUAACCUAGUUGUAAAAUGAACAUUUUUCCUGUAAAAUGACAACUUUUAACUUGUAAAACAACAACUUUUAGUUCCAAAUUUUGCAUUGUGAAAAAAAAAAAAAAUGUAAAAAAUUGUUGUACAAGUUGUUUUUUGUAUUUGCAAGUGAUUUUUUUGUUUUGUUUUACAGGUGUUUUUUUUGUUGUUGUUGUUUUUUGUUUUUGCUACGGGUCAAAAAUGAAUUCCAAGUGCACACGUUUAGUCUCCUGCUUCUCGCAUUUAUAGACAAAAGUCAUUUGUAACAGACCAAUCAGAACGGCGAUUGUUCAGCCACUUUUAACCCGUAGCAAAGAAAA